AUGUGUAAGAAUGGUGGAGCCUUGGAAGCUGGAGUGCAGGCGGCCAUAAAAGGACACUUGAGAGCUCCUUCCGCCGACGCACCCGCCGCUCUCUCGUCUCGUCCCCGCCCCAAGGCGCACCACGCCAUGGCGGAGGUGGAGGCGACCGACGGAUUCGGCCAGGAGGCGAAGCGGAAGCGGGGGAGACCGAGAGGAUCGGGCAAGGGGAAGCGCCUGAGCGGCGGCGACCGGGCGCCGGCGAUGAGGCCAGAGGGCGAGGGGCUCGGUGUUGCGUCCAGGCUCAGGGAUAGGAAGCCGCCGCCCGCCGCCUUCAGCCAACUCGACGGCAUUGACGAUGAUGAUGACGAGCUUCUCAACAAACCCACAAGACGUGAUGCAGGGAAGAAGAGAGGGUCCAGGAAAAAGAAAAUGGAUCAAGAGAACAUCAAAAGCCAUAGGCAUAAUGCAAAUGCAGUAAAGGACACGAUAUUAUGCAAUCAUAAGGUUUUGAAUACUGCAAAGAAGCGUAAGAGAGGAGGUGCAGCAGUGGCCAAAGAACACGAUGAUGCCCCAUUUUCCAAAGGAGGAAACUCUGAUGAAAAUAAUGCGAAAGGGAAGAAGAAAAUGUUGACUGGUGAAAAUGCGCUAAUGUGUCACCAAUGCCAGAGAAAUGACAAAGGGAGAGUGGUCUGGUGCAAGACGUGCAACAAUAAGCGCUUCUGUGUGCCAUGCAUUAAUCAAUGGUAUCCUGAUUUGCCUGAAAAUGAAUUUGCUGCAAAAUGCCCUUAUUGUCGCAAAAAUUGUAAUUGCAAGGCAUGCCUACGAAUGAGAGGAGUUGAAGAGCCUCCAAGAAAGGAAAUUUCUGAAGAAAAUCAGAUUCGUUAUGCCUGUCAUGUGGUACGCCUGUUGCGUCCUUGGCUGAUAGAACUGCGACGGAAGCAGAUGGUGGAGAAGGAGUUAGAGGCUAAGAUACAAGGUGUUUCUGUUGAAGAAAUAAAGUUGGAACAAGCUGUUUGUGAUCUAGAUGAGCGUGUUUAUUGCAAUAGAUGUAGGACUUCUAUAGUUGAUUUUCAUAGAAGCUGCAAGCACUGUUUCUAUGACUUGUGCCUAACCUGCUGCCAGGAGCUUCGCAAAGGUGAGAUUCCUGGAGGAGAAGAGGUUGAAAUUGUGGAUCCUGAAAAUAGAGACAAGGGUUAUGCAUUUGGUAAGAUUCCUCUGUCAAACGAUGAGAAUCAAAUGGCCUCUUUGAAAUGUCAUAGUGACAUCCCAAACGGUGAGUCCUACGAUGGCAUGAUUUCUGAUGAAAAUCAAAAGAAGAUUCUGUUACUCUGGAAAGCAAACGCUGAUGGUAGCAUACCUUGCCCACAAAAGGAAAAAGGCGACUGCAGUUGUUCAUCUCUAGAUCUGAAAUGCUUGUUUCCAGAGAAGUUGCUGGCCGAGUUAGAAGAUAGAGCUGAGGAAGUCUUCAGAAGUGAAACAUUUGCAAAAGAACUAGCUAGAACGAGUGACCUGUGCCCUUGUUUUGAUCACUCAGGCAAGAUAAGAAGCGACAGCACAAAAUUACGCCACGCUGCAAAUAGGGAGGACUCGAGUGAUAACUACUUGUACUGUCCAGUGGCAACUGCUAUCCAAGAUGAUGACCUGUUGCACUUUCAGAUGCAUUGGGCAAAGGGCGAACCAGUUGUUGUUUCAGACACUCUUAAGUUAACUUCUGGUCUUAGUUGGGAGCCGAUGGUUAUGUGGCGGGCACUACGAGAACGAACCAAAGGCAAGGCAGAAGAUGAGCAGUUUGCUGUGAGGGCAGUAGAUUGCCUCGACUGGUGUGAGGUGGAAAUUAACAUACACAUGUUUUUUAUGGGAUAUACAAGGGGUAGAACUCAUCCCAGGACUUGCUGGCCUGAGAUGCUUAAGCUAAAGGACUGGCCUCCUUCUAGUUCAUUUGAUCAGCGAUUGCCUCGCCAUGGUGCUGAAUUCAUCAGUGCAUUGCCAUUUCCGGAGUAUACUGAUCCACGAUAUGGUCCACUAAAUCUUGCAGUGAAGCUACCUGCUGGUGUCCUGAAGCCAGAUCUUGGGCCAAAAAGUUACAUUGCCUAUGGAUUUUCUGAAGAGCUGGGCAGGGGUGAUUCUGUAACCAAACUUCACUGUGACAUGUCUGAUGCAGUAAACAUCUUAACACACACAGCGGAAGUGCCCUGUGGGACUUAUGAUGCUGGUCAGAUUAAAAAGGUACAGAAGCAAAUGAAAAUGCAAGAUUAUAUGGAAAUAUAUGGGACGAUGCAAUCAGGCAGUGAACUCAAGCCAUCCGCAUGCCCGGUUGAAUUGGGAGAUAAAUCUGUUGAUGUAGCACCGAAGGCUUCGUGCAGCAAAGAAAAUAUUCAUACCUUUAAAGACAAGUUGAAAGGUUUGGAUAUAAACGCUUUACCAGCUGAUGAUGCUGGAGAUGAUGCCAGGGAUGAAGCACUGUCCUAUGAAUCUUUAGCACGUAGUGAAGUAGCUCAGUGUCCAAACCAUUACCAUGAGGCCUAUAAUUCUGAUAUUACAUGUAAUGGAGUUCAGAGGUGUCGAAAGAAAGCUAGAGGUUGUCCUCCGCAGACAGGUCCAGAGGUAACAGAGCACCAGAAAAGUGGUGGUGUGAAGACAGCUCCAGAGGUAUCAGAGCACCAAAAAAGUGGUGGUGCUUUGUGGGACAUUUUCCGAAGAGAGGACACCGAGAAAUUGCAAGAUUUUCUUAGGAAGCAUGCCUCAGAAUUUCGGCACAUCCAUUGCAAUCCAGUGAAACAGGUUAUUCAUCCAAUUCAUGAUCAAUCUUUCUAUUUAACUGCGGAGCAUAAAAUAAAGCUGAAGGAAGAAUAUGGUGUUGAGCCUUGGACCUUUGAGCAGAAGCUUGGCGAAGCAGUUCUGAUUCCAGCCGGAUGUCCUCACCAAGUCAGGAAUUUGAAGUCUUGCAUCAAGGUUGCUCUGGACUUUGUUUCCCCUGAGAAUGUUGGCGAGUGUGUUAGGCUGACCGAUGAAUUUAGACGACUUCCAUCUUCUCACAAGGCUAAAGAAGACAAACUGGAGAUUAAGAAGAUGGCUCUACAUGCUCUGAACGAAGUUAUAAACUUUUUGGAUCCUCCUUCCUCGGAAAGGUCAAAGAGAAAGGAUGGUGAGGCCAAGGAUGAAGCUGAAACAUCAGAUGGUAAAGAGCGUAGAAGGCCAAGUGAUGAGGAAGGUGGUCAGUCUAGGAGUGAAGCAGCAGAGAGGAAGCCUACAAGGGGACGUGGUCGACCCAAAAAAAGCUCGUGCAGGUGAUUGAUUCGUUGCCCUGAUCGAUGGCAGUAAAGGAUGAUGCAUGCAUUUUGGAGGAAGGAGAGGGAGACUGAUGCAAUGUCAUGUAGUAGUGCCCUGUUGGUAAUCUUCACUUUGGCUUGAAAUAUAGCUACUACUAGCUCUCUCUAUGUGUGUGACUCUGUUAGUGGAUUCAUGAAUCGAAUGAAUCCGGUCCAUGGUUUCAGUUGUAGUACAUGCUCCAUGGUUUCAGUUGUAGUACCGAACCAAACGGAUUGGUUGGGAUGGCCCAUUUGUUGGAUUCAGAUUAUCAGAGCACUCCAUAUUACUACUGCUUGUUUCCCGUAGUCUGAAUUUUAUCCUCCAUUCCCAUGGGUGGAAAAAAUUGAGCUGAGCAAAGUAAGGAAAAAGAAGUAACAACAAUUGUGGAUCUCAAAUAAACAUUACUGCAAAUAUCAGAUACUA